GCAAACACAGGAAGCAUCCUGGAGGGCGUGGUAAUGCUGGUGGUAUGCACCAUCACAGGAUUAACUUUGAUAAAUACCACCCUGGUUAUUUUGGAAAAGUAGGCAUGAGACACUAUCACUUGAAGAGGAACCAGAAGUUCUGUCCCACUGUCAAUUUGGAUAAGCUGUGGACGCUCGUCAGCGAACAGACACGGCUCAACUACGCCAAAAACGAGGCUGGCCUGGCCCCCGUCAUCGACGUCGUGCGCUCCGGCUACUACAAAGUUCUGGGCAAGGGGAAGCUGCCCAAGCAGCCUGUAAUUGUGAAAGCAAAGUUCUUCAGCAGAAGAGCAGAGGAGAAGAUCAAAGAAGUUGGUGGUGCCUGUGUCCUUGUGGCAUAAAAGCCUUUGUUUUAUUCAAAUCUUUUGAAUAAAAACAAAUGUGUAAAAUGUGCUGAUUUACAGAA